CUCUGCCUGGCUCUCACAGCUCUGCCUGAACACGUCCAGAGAGGCAGAGAGGGGGAAGAUAAAUGGCGCAGGAGUGUUUCUUGUGUGCAGUGGAAGUUAAAUCCACAGAGGGCUGCGCGUCCUGACCAUCACCCGGAGCGGUGAUUAUAGACUGGAGACUAGGUGUGGCGAGAUGAGGGGAUGUAAGGGGGGGUGGGUCAUCCAGCGUCACAGGCUUUGUCUGUAGGACGCGCACAGCCCACCAACCGGCAGGAGGCUCAGUCUGUCUAUCAGGGUUCUGUCCCGGAGCCACGCGCACUGUGGGAUCCGCCGCGCAGGGCUGAGCCGCUCCUGAACGCACACUUCGCUUCCAGGCGUCACAGGAGCGCGAGUUGAAGCAGCUCAGAGUAGCAGGAGCUGCCGACAGGAGCGGAGGCUUUUCCUUCCCUUCAUUCCGCAUCAUCUCCACCUUCACAUGGAUGUGGAGUAGCGCGCACUUUGGAGCAGGAAUUUAAAAAGGAAACCUUAUUAUUUUUAUUUGACUCUAGAUUUGGAAGAGAUGAGAUCUCAAUGAUAGAACUACUUGGAAUAUGGGACUUUUAAUAUCUGAUCUGGAUUAUGGGGACAGGCAUCUGUGCGUUUGUGCUCAGCUCUGGAUCAUUUUCAUAGCUCUUGCAGGUAAAAUCUCUCCAACCACCUCAGAUGUUCUCUUCAGCGCCUCAGCAAUGUCAGCCAGUCCUUUACCACCCAGUGUCUAUUUGCCUGCCAGCUUCAAAAUGUCCAAUGCACAACUGGCUUUCUUCUUGCGGGAGGCCCAGAUCACAGGACAAACGGUUGGCGGCGGCAGUAGGAGCAGCAGCAGCAGCUCUGGACAUCCGCUGCAGCGCUCGGAGAGUUUUGUGGUUUUCCAGACAAAGGAGCUCCCCUCCAUCAACAUAAGCUUUGGGCCUUUUUCCCAGGACCAGGCUUUAUCCAAGGAGCUGCUACAGCCAACCAGCCCUCUGGACAUCCCGGGCCAGCUGACGGUGGGCUGGAAAGUUCGGGCUUUCAUUGUCCAAGCGAGGGUCUUCUCCAACAACCCGACUGUCCAGGUGUUCUUCUACAUCGCGGGACGAGACUGGGAUGACUUUAAAGCUCAGGACAACCUGCCUUGCAUUCGACUGCAUGCUUUUCGGGACGUCCGGGAAAUCAAGACGUCCUGCCGCAUGAAGGGCAACCUGGCCCAAUGCUUGGCCCAGCUGGAGCUACCCCCCUCCUGGUUUAAUACUAACGUGGCGCCGCUGGGUCGGAGGAAAAAUCCCGGUGACGGGCUUCUAGAUGGAAUAACUACUGAGACCCUGCAGGCUGAGCUCUACUACACGCUGCAUGAGCCCAAUCUGGACGGAGAGUGCAGUGAGGGUCACAGAGGAGGUGGCGUGGCCAGAGGAGAACCUCUGUCACAGCACCCUCUGCUGCGCAUUGGAAGUAUCAGUCUCUACCAGGCCAGUCAGGAGCAGCUCCUGGUGGACAAGCAGUUGGACAAGAAUAUGUUCCUCAGGCUGCCGGAGAAGCCGCUGAAACCUGGCGAAACGCUGAAGAUCCUCCUCUACCUGAUGCCCAACUCCACUGUGGAGCAAUUUACGCUCAAGGUCAAAGCAAAGAAAGGGGUGAACCUGCUGCAGACCAAGUCAAAGAACGCCCAGUGGAAGGUGGACUGGGAGGUGCAAUCUGGAGCCAAACAUUCCAUCACCACCAUCGAUGUGAGCAAGAACAAAGGCGGCGAUGUGUUGGGGAACAUUGAGGUUAUGCAGUUGGAUUUUGAGAUGGAGAACUUCACCAGCCUCUCCGUGACCAGGAGGAUCAACUGGAACAUCGACUAUAAGGGACAGAACCCGGUGCCCGACUCAGAAAAGGUCGUGACGGAGCUCACAGUGGUUCAGAAAGACAUCCAGGCAAUCCUUCCUCUGGCAAUGGACACGGAGAUCAUCAACACGGCCAUUCUUACCGGACGCACCGUGGCCAUUCCCGUCAAAAUGGUCUCCAUAGAGAUGAGCGGGGCAGUCACGGACGUCUCGACCUUUGUGCAGUGCAAGUCGUCGAAUGAAGACAUUGUAAAGGUUUCUAUGAAUUGUGACUACGUGUUCGUCAACGGCAAGGAGACCCGGGGCUCCAUGAACGCCAGGAUCAUCUUCAGCUACGAGCACCUGAGCGCACCGCUGGAGCUCACCGUCUGGGUGCCCAAGCUUCCCCUGCAGGUGGAGCUCACCGACAGCUCUCUGAGCUUCAUCAAAGGCUGGAGGGUUCCCAUUCUGCCUGACAGGAGGAGCACCAGGGACAGCGAUGCAGAUGACGACGAGGACGACAGGCGAAUGAAUCGCGGCUGUGCCCUCCAGUACCAGCGAGCCAUGGUCAAAGUGCUGACCCAGUUCCACACCACUUCCACAGAGGGCACAGAUCAGGUGAUCACCAUGCUGGGACCAGACUGGCAGGUGGACAUCACAGACCUCGUCCAGGACUCCCUGAAGGUGGUGGACCCAAAGGUCGCGGAGCUGGUGGACAGGACGAUUCUGGUGGGCCUGGAGAUGGGAUCCACCGUGCUGAAGGUGGAGUCUCCACUGGCUGUGGACGCCGUGCUGGGGGAGGCGUCCUUCUCCGUGACGGAUGACAAGGUUUCCAUCACGGAGCUGCGAGUUCACGCCGUGUCGGGUCUGACCCUGUCCCUGCAGCCCAGCGUCGGAAACAGCCACACCAUGGUGGCCAAGGCGUCCGGCAUCCAGACCCUCACUGCUCUAAAACAGGAAGCCAGCUUGUCUGUCUGGAUGCUUUUCAGCGACAACACAGCCGCCCCUCUGACGUACUUUGAUCCAAAAGACUACAACCUCAAUGCCUCUACGCUGGACGACAAAGUGGUGUCGGUGUCCCAAGAGCCGCAGCAACGUUGGCCUGUGGUGGUCGCAGAAGGGGAGGGAUCGGGAGAAAUUGUGCGUGUAGAGAUGACCAUCUGCGAGGCCUGCCAGAAGACCAAACGCAAAAGCGUUAUUGCAUCUGCUGCAGUUCAUGUCAAAGUCCGCUUUGGCCCAGAGGAAGAUUCGGAGGAGGAAACCACCACGGAGGGCGAGAUUGAGCUGGCCUCUGUCACCAGGAGGACAGUCAUUGAUCCUAACGUCAGUGGAAGAAUUUAUGACACCUCUAACGAGCAGCCUGCCAGUGUUCCCGUGGAUUACACUAAUUUUCCCACCAUUAGUAACCAAGAGCAGCCAACUGAGAGUGAUGAAGAGGAAGAGGAUGACUUUGUGCAAUCGCCACGAAACAUGACAGACCUUGAGAUUGGCAUGUAUGCUCUGCUAGGUGUGUUCUGCUUAGCUAUAUUAGUGUUUCUUAUCAACUGCAUUGUGUUUGUGCUUAAGUACCGCCACAAGCGCAUCCCGCCUGAGGGCCAGGCCAACAUGGACCAUUCCCACCACUGGGUGUUCCUGGGAAAUGGCCAGCCGCUCAGGGCCCAGUGCGACCUGUCGCCACAGCAGGUGGAGAGUCCCAGCAAUCCUUUGGAGGGGGUACAGACUUGCUGCCAUGGGGACCACCACAGUAGUGGCAGUUCCCAAACCAGCGUUCAUAGCCAAGUCCAUGGAAGGGGUGACGGCAGCUCCGGUGGUUCGACCAAGGAUAACGGCGAGGAGGCCAGCUCACCCACCUCCAAACGCAAGAGGGUCAAGUUUACCACCUUUACAACCCUUCCAACAGAGGAGCUGCCCUACAACUCCAUCCCGAUCGCAGACGAAGAGGACAUUCAGUGGGUGUGCCAGGAUAUGGGCUUUAAAGACCCAGAAGAACUCCACGAUUAUAUGCGCAGAAUAAAAGAAAUAGCCUAAGAAAGGAGGUGCGUUGUGAAAGCACUGCUCUCCACUUUCUAAAGAGACAGUUCCUUUCUUUUUUUCUCUUUUUUCAAGCAAGAGUGAAAGAUAAUUUUUCGCAAACUUUGAGGCCAAUAUGUUGUUCUGGUUAGGGUUUGUUCCAUGUAGUUUGCACAGUGCUGUAAUCUCAUAUACCCUCACACAGAAGAGAAUGCAAGAAGCCAAAGACUCAACCAGAGGAUCUCAAUCACAAGAGAUGUCUGUGAAUCUUGGCUAUGGAAACAGGUUUCACUCGGAAGCUGAGCCAUGGAGAUAUAAAAGAGCUGCUCUGGCUCCAGUUUUUCAGGAUAUGACUUUUGCAAAUCCCUGAUAUGGACAGGAGUAUAUUUAGUGUUGGUGGUUGUGCUUCAGUGGCUCAGCGGGACCCUGCAGUACUGUACCUUCUCCAAACAAUGAGGCCUUUGAUGAACAAAUAACUUGUCAAAGACUCUAAUUAAAAACCAGUUUUAAAAAUUAUUUAGUUUUUUGCCAAAGUAGAAAAAUUAUUAUUUUAAUGGCAAAAACCGUUACUGUUGUCUGUGUAGCACAUUCAUGAUUUUUACUCAUCUUCAUUACUUACAUUUUCUACAUUUCGUAGGUAGACAAAAGCAGUGCCCAUCUACAAUUCCUGACAAUUUCAAUGCCUUAUAAAAAUGGUCACGCUUCACAUAUAUCAGUGGAGACACCUUGUUUUCUCACUGUUAAGUUACAGCUUGGUAAAGCAUUGAAACACUAAAGCUGUUCUCCGGCCUGAGGAGUCGAGCUUUGCAUGAAAAGGUAACCUAAGCCACAAUCAGCAAUCCUUUUCCCAAAUUUGUAAAUGUUUAUAAUGUAAUUAAACGAUUAUUCAUACACAUUAAUAAACUAAAUAUGUUACUGUGCUAUACACGCAUGUCAUGCCAGGCCUACAUACAUACAGACAUUCCUCUUUGUAUAUAAUUCUGUCAAACUAGAGUUGCCUAAAAUGUUGCAAUUUACUUUUUCAAGGUGGAAAAACAAGAAUCUGUUUAAACUCUUGGAAACUUUAUAGUCUUGUGGUGGGUUGAAAGUUGCCCCAAAAUGUAUUGCUGUGCCAGAUGUAGAUUUUUUAAACUCUGGAAUCUCAUUUGACUGUUUAAUAUACGGAUUUGCUAUGCAUCCAUUCUAACAGAUCAAUAUUUAGAAAAUGCAAUUCCAUUCUCCGAGCUUUGCAAGACUAGAGCUUCUGAGAAGGAAGGGAAUUUAGAAUACGCAAACUGAGCUGUGUUUGAAUUGUCCAACUGUUCACUUUUAAGUAAUCCUUUCCUAAGGGCCCUAUCAUGCUACGUUCACACCGGACGCUAGCCUGACGUAGUCCGACUCAAUUCUAGUCAGAAUAUGAGUCUGAUGCUGCUCCAUAGAGCUGUGAUUAUGGGGCGUGUUUCGAACGAACCAGGAAAAAAAAUGCCU